UGUAAUGUCUUCUGGAGAAAACUAGGAAAUUUAUCCAGUGACAGAACCAACGAGCAGCGAAGCCUUAGCCUGCGCUGCGGUGGCCAUGUGAGGGCAAGCACUGAUGUCGCGCUACCCUGACUUGCGCUUAAAUCCGGAAGAAUGUGUCUGUCAGGAGAUGGGAACCAUUGACCCCUCCAUCUUCUGGGCUUUGCUGUUCAAGGGAGGCUUCUAUGGAGUGAAGAAGAGAGAGUAUUGCCUGUCAGGGCACCCAACCUUACCAUGCAAUGUGCUCAAAUUCAAAUCAACCACCGUUAUGCUGGACUGUGGACUGGACAUGAAUUCCACCCUCAAUUUCCUUCCUUUGCCACUUGUUCAAAGUCCCAGGCUGUCUAAUCUUCCUGGCUGGUCCCUAAAGGAUGGAAAUGCUUUCUUGGACAAGGAGCUAAAGGAGUGCUCAGGUCAUGUAUUUGUGGAUUCUGUGCCCGAAUUCUGCCUACCAGAGACCGAGCUAAUAGAUCUGUCUACGGUAGAUGUGAUCCUCAUCUCUAACUAUCACUGCAUGAUGGCUCUGCCCUACAUCACUGAGCACACGGGGUUCACAGGCACGGUCUAUGCCACAGAGCCCACCGUUCAGAUCGGCAGGCUUCUCAUGGAAGAGUUGGUGAACUUCAUUGAACGCGUGCCCAAGUCUCAGUCUGCCUCCUUGUGGAAGAACAAGGAUAUUCAGCGGCUGCUGCCUUCUCCUCUCAAGGAUGCAGUAGAAGUAUCAACCUGGAGAAGAUGCUAUACAAUGCAAGAGGUGAACUCUGCCCUUAGUAAAAUCCAGCUGGUGGGAUAUUCUCAGAAAAUUGAGCUUUUUGGUGCAGUCCAGGUGACUCCUUUAAGCUCUGGCUAUGCCCUUGGAAGCUCCAACUGGAUUAUCCAAUCCCAUUAUGAGAAAGUGUCUUACGUCUCUGGAUCCUCCUUGCUUACCACACACCCCCAGCCCAUGGACCAAGCUUCUCUCAAAAACAGCGAUGUUCUCAUUCUAACAGGCCUUACCCAGAUUCCCACCGCAAACCCAGAUGGCAUGGUGGGAGAGUUCUGCAGCAACCUGGCACUGACAGUCCGGAACGGAGGAAACGUGUUGGUCCCCUGCUAUCCUUCUGGAGUGAUCUAUGACCUUCUGGAAUGCCUGUAUCAGUACAUUGACUCUGCCGGCCUCUCCAGCAUUCCUUUCUACUUCAUCUCCCCAGUGGCUAACAGUUCACUCGAGUUUUCCCAGAUUUUUGCUGAGUGGCUUUGUCACAACAAACAGACUAAGGUGUAUCUCCCAGAACCGCCUUUUCCUCAUGCAGAGCUCAUUCAGACCAAUAAGCUGAAGCACUACCCCAGCAUCCAUGGAGACUUCAGCAAUGACUUCAGACAGCCGUGUGUGGUUUUCACUGGACACCCUUCCCUCCGAUUUGGGGACGUGGUCCAUUUCAUGGAGCUCUGGGGAAAAUCUAGUCUCAACACUGUCAUAUUCACAGAACCCGACUUCUCAUACCUGGAAACACUGGCUCCCUACCAGCCCUUGGCCAUGAAAUGCAUAUACUGCCCCAUUGAUACGAGACUGAAUUUCAUCCAAGUGUCAAAGCUGCUCAAAGAAGUGCAGCCCCUCCACGUGGUCUGUCCUGAGCAGUACACCCAGCCGCCCCCAGCGCAGUCCCACCGGAUGGACCUGAUGAUUGACUGCCAGCCACCUGCCAUGUCCUAUCGGCGCGCCGAGGUCCUCGCCCUGCCCUUCAAGCGUCAGUAUGAGAAGAUCGAAAUCAUGCCGGAGCUCGCGGACUCGCUGGUACCCAUGGAGAUCAAGCCUGGCGUUUCCUUGGCAACCGUCUCGGCCGUGCUGCACACUAAAGAUAACAAGCACGUUCUCCAGCCCCCGCCCAGGCCCGCCCAGCCCACAGGCGGCAAGAAGAGAAAGAGGGCCAGUGACGACAUUCCAGACUGCAAGGUUUUGAAGCCUCUGCUGAGCGGCUCCAUCCCCGUGGACCAGUUCGUGCAGACGCUGGAGAAGCAUGGCUUCAGCGAUAUUAAGGUGGAAGACACAGCCAAGGGCCAUAUCGUCCUGCUACAGGAAGCUGAGACGCUCAUCCAGAUCGAGGAAGAUUCGACCCAUAUCAUCUGCGACAAUGACGAGAUGCUCAGGGUACGGCUGCGGGACCUUGUCCUCAAAUUCCUACAGAAGUUCUGAGUGGAACACGAAAGCCAUCUCCACGUCCCUGAGACCCUGCUGCGGUCCUUCACCGUGGCUGCCCAGCCCCCAGCGGAGGAAGGCCACGCGGCCUGGCAGGUCUCUGUGGUGCUGGCCUCUGGCUUGAGGGACAUUCUCAGGAGUUACGGCCAGAAUCUCCGGGUCUGGCUUCUUAGCACUGUUUCAGGCAAGAGCUUUCCCUUUAACCUUCAGGCUUGUCUUCUUCCCAGUCCUGCCUCUCUCGGGUAGCCAGGCAAGUGAGGCAACAAGCCGAGGAGAAGGCUGAGAGCUACAGCAGCUUUCCAGGAGGUUAAUAGUGGAAGGAGAGGUAAAAAGAUGAGGACUUGUGACCUGUUUUUCAUGGUUUCACAGGCUGCGGGCAGGGGAACUAGUCUUUGAGUUUGUUUUAUUGUCUACAGUGCUGUACCUAAUAAGAAAGAUGAUCCCCCAAAAUUAGCAAAAUGAACCCAUCUAUCUGUAUUUUACCAUGUGAGCUCAUUUUGUUAAUAAAACUUAUUUUUUAUAGAA